ACUUGUGUUGUAAACAUAACCAAACUUAUGUAGAUUGCAGAGUGACCUUGUAGUGUAUUCUAUGCCCAUAGAAUGUGUUGACCUAAAGAGAUACAUAUUACACACAUGUAUUUUUUAAUCAAUGUAAACUGUACAGAAUGGAAUUAUUUCAGCAAUUAGUUUAAAAACGAAGUCCGAACUCUUCAGUUUCGUCUAUAAGUCCCGUGGUUUCGCCUAAGUGCAUGAGAUUUUCAACCAAUUCAAGAACAAUUCUAGAAUAACAAAAAACUCUACGACAGUUAUCUGUUCGUGCUGUGGUCAUAAAUAAUCGUGACUGAUUAACGACCUGUGUUGAUGACUAAUAAUAUGAACGAAAUAAAUACUGUACGAAUUAAUUAUUAUAAAUGUCCCUCUUGCUGUUAAAAAAAACAAUACGUAUCAAGAGUUGUAAUACAAUAUCAGACACUAUUGUAGGAAAAUGAACCCUGCACCUCCUACAACUUUAAACAAAGAAACUGUUCGUGUGUGGCAUGGUUGGAUUAAUAUUGGCGACAAAGAAGUAGCCAGAGAAGCGGCAGCAAAAGGGCUACACGUCAACUUAGCCAUUACAUUUUUGUCCCUUCGUAAGGAAGUUAAGUUUGAUGACGCUCAACUUUGGUUUAAAGAAGAAGUUGUAAAAUGGGUGUACGAACUUCUGGAUCGAAAACAAAUUUUUAAGGCAUCACAUGUAUUAAAAAAUGUAGAUCUUGAUGCAAGUUCUGAGUUUUCAAAAAUUUUUUAUACAACAUCUGAUCAAAAUUUACGUGAGUACGUUGGCAAUCAUUUAAUGAAAGCAGAGGAAAUGGACGAAAAUCUGCAACAUUUGUGGUCAUUUUUAACGUUAAUUUUGGACAAUGAAGACUUAUUUCUUGAAUAUAGUGUACCAAUCAAAAGCUUAGAAUGCUUAGACAAAACAUCAAAUGAUGUAAAGUCAGAAAUGGCUAUAGUUUUGUUUCUAAAAACAGAAGAUCCUCGUCUCACCAGAUUUUUACAUAGUGAUAUACUUUGGAAACACUUGCUAAUUAAUAAUGAUUUACACAAUUUGUUAAUGUGGGUGAACAUCAGAUAUAACUUAAGUGCUGAUGAUUUAGUAGAAGGAAAUUUAACCGAACUGUUUAAAAAGUUUCCCAUAACAAACCAAAUGAUAGAAGUAGUUGCAAGUCAAGAGUUAAAUAUUUCAGAAAAUAUAAAAAGUGCAGUAUAUAAUGAGCUCAGUAAAUUUGGAAUAUUUCGAAGUGAGGAUCGAAAUGAUGUGAUCACAAUUUUAAAAAGACUGAAAGAUUCGUUCAGUAUGCCUUUUUUGUACAAUGUAUUUGAAAAACCUUCAUCAGUUUUAAAUCUUGACAACUUUCUUUGUCUUCUAAUUCAGCAUUGUUUAGAACAUAAAUAUUUGAUUGUCUUGAAUACUUGUCUCGAAAAAUUUAAAAUUCUGCCCACAAUAGGAAAGAAUGAAGAGAUAAAUUUAAUCUGUGGCUUUCGGUCAUUGGUAAAUAAUUUUGAUGAAAUACGUUUAUGUGAGAAUAUUUUUAAUAUGUCUAGUGUAUUGUCAACUGAUAUUUUAAAUUAUUUUUACGCGAAUCCGGUCAUAGUUUUGUCCUUAUUAUUUUUUACAAAAAAAAUUAAUGCACCAAGUGCUAUAUUAACCAAAGAAACAUUAAUGGUCAAUAACGUAAAACUAAAUGAUUGUCUCGAGAGUAUACUAAAAUAUUUCCACAUUUUGCACGACAUUGUUUCCAAUAAGUUAAACGGAUCGCCAAAGUGCACUUUGAAACUUUAUGAUUUAAUUACAAAUCAUUUAGGACUUGAUAGCCAAUCGUUAUUUGAGUUUCAGUUUAAAAAUGAUGAAUUAUCAAAGUUUUAUGUGAAAAAUGUAUCUAGCUAUGGUUAUGCAAAAGUAGUAGGUUACAAAUUUUAUCUUAAGGAAUCACGCCCAAGUAUUGCUGCUAAAUUAUUCACCAUCAGUGAACUAGAAACAGAUAAAAGCGGUACACUUGACGAAAAUGACAAGAAAGUCGAAAAAGAAAAUUCAAAUAUUGCGGUAGCAAAUUUUAAUUGCACUGAAAUUAGUUCAAGUUGUGUGGUAUUCUCAGAAAUAAUUGGACUUGAUUCAACAAAAAUCCGAGUACUGACGCGAACAGCGAACUUAUUACAUGGAGAGCAUAAAGCAUCACCUGUAGAAUUAGUGUUGAACAGCGAAGACGACCCACAUACUGUACAAAAAAUGCUUGAAAUGGUACUGAUGGAAAAAAUCGAAACGAACCUUUUUGCGACUAGUUCCGACUUAAUAGAAGCAUUCAAAGUGUAUGAAAUUAUCAUUCAAUACAGUAAAUUCAACAAUAUAAAAUUUCCUGAAUCUUUUCUGCGAUAUUGUGCUAGCAAUAACUUGUGGCUACCUUUUUUACUGUUGGCUCAGCUGCAUGAGUACCCAUUAGAUCAAAUUAAAUUACUUAUUCAGUUUUUUAAAAGCCCAAAUAUGUUAGAACAUUUGACUCAUGGUGUAGUUAACGAUAUACACUUAGAAGAAACAAAUAUUUUGAUUCGCGAAAGAGACUCUCGGAAAUAUUUACUCUCAAAAGUUGGUGUUCGACGAUGUGUUGAGACAGUAGAUCCACAGUCAUCACUCUCAGUCAAGUCACAAUCGAGUCGUGAAAGUGGAGGAAGUUCGACAAGUUCAGAUCUGUUUGAAAUAGAUAUAUCGAAUAUUAAGGCCACGUUACUGCAGACCUUAAUUAGGUGUCACAAUAGCACUGAUCCACCAAAAGCUUUAUUACAAGCGAGUCAGUUGUAUCGCAACCCACUGUUAGCUAUUCUGGCCACGAGUUACGAACCUGAUUCCUUGGUUACAAACUGGUUAACAUGGCUUUCAGUUUCGUGUGAAACAUGUAAAGUUUUUACAAAUUAUGAGACCACCGCAUUAUCAGCAAAUUCAGUAACUAAUUUAUUAGAUAAUUGUCUUAAACAUCGUUACCCUAAAACUGUCCUGGAAAGUUUUGAAAUAUUUCUACCGGAAAAUCCCUUGAAAAUAUUUAUGGAGUUUUGGACCUAUUGUUUCCAAUUAAAUUUUAACAAUACAAUUUUAACUCAAAAACUCAGUUCAUUUGAAGGCUUAUUGAAAAUGUCUCGUAAAAAUAGCAUUAUUUCGGACACUGACCAUGAGAUGACUUACUUAAACAACAAAAUAUGGAUAGAAUUAACAGCAUUGAAGCUUUUGGCAGCUUUGUUAGAGUACAAUUGCAAUUCUUUAUAUGAACAAAUAUUAGUAGUGCGGAACUUGUGUAAAAUUAAAAUUUGGACGUACUUAUCUUGCGAACAUCCUAGUUUCACUAAUGUUUUGAAAAUCCUAGAAACCCUGUAUUAUAACAACAGUGGAGUUGGCUUGGACUUAAGUAUUAUGCUUGAUUCAAAAAAUAGUCGACAGGCAAUUAUAAAUUGUAUUAACAAACUACUGGAGAGGCAACAGUAUCAGUUAGCUUUACAGAUAGCGCAAAUUGAAAAUUUACCACCAGAUUUAAUUCUUGUGAAAGAAUGGCAAAGUAAAAUGAAUGAUCAAAGUGAUCAGAAUUUCUGGAAUACUUGCAAUGAGACCUUUACUAAGUAUCACGUUACAGCUGAUUGUGUUGUUGAUUUUUACAUAGAUUGUUCAGAAAAAAUCUCUGACUUAUUAGAAAAAUUUACUUUGUUGAAAAUGGCUUGCGAAUGGGCGAGCAAAUAUGAGUUAACCUGUCAAUAUGAAUUGGAGAAGAAAAUGUGGCUUGCAUUCUUAUAUCUUGAAGAAAAACAUAGGAAUCUUGACGUAUUCGAUAUUAAAGCUAACACGUACUUAUACAAAGACCUUAUUGAAUUAGUGAAAGAUAUUACUCCAUAUGAAGGAGAGUUAAACAAAGACUUUAUGAGUGUCUUGGAAAGUAUUCUCGCAUUUGUUUUAAACAAAAAUAACUUUUGGUUAGCUUUGAAACUGCAGAAAAUAUUUAAUUGUAAGAACACGGACUUGGAAACUUUGAAAUUGUGCUGUAGCUUAGCAGAGGGCAUUCUAUUACCAUAUCAAUUAAGUGCAGAACAGAGAUUAUUGCUUUCAAAUGUGAACUAUUUAAGAACUUACAGUCAUCGAAGAACAUUUUUAUCAACAAAAUUUUCAAGUAUCAGUUCUUCUUCACAUAGUCCAGCAGCCUCAUUACAAAUGGAAAGAAUAGAAAAUAUUGAAUCAUACACAAAUGAUACUUUGGCAGUAUUGAAAUUACUUACUGAGCACUUACAUAAUGGAGUAGAAAUUGCACAAAAUAUUUUUAUGUAUUAUAGAAUCAGCAUCAACAUAGAGUUCCCAUAUCAUAUUGUUGUCGUGACCACAGAUUACAUGAAAGUUUUAAAAGACGCAUUGGAAGAUAAUUGUGCGAAUAAACUCGAUGUUGUUCAUGAUUUUAUUUUAGCUUACAAGUGGUCUAAGCAUGAGAUUGCCGACUUCAUUUGUGAAGAAAUAGUAAAUGCAGUUACAUCAUAUACAAACUUGACCAUCGACCAUCUACUAAUGUGGGAUUUAAAUAUGGACCAAGAUUUUCAGUUGGUUCUUCAGCUUCUCCAAGAUAGUUGUUCAUUAUUAGGUUAUAAAUUAUACUCAUACGCAAGUACUUUGCAUAAAGCACACGUAGAAUCCACACAGGUUUUUCAAAUAUCCGAUUUAGCGCUCAUAAUUGAACUGCUUAUAAGAGCUCAUGACUGUUUCACCACUGAUUGCAACAUGGAGGGAAUUUCCAUAAUUCUAAAAAAAUGCAAAGAAAUUGUCUCCAACUUAUUGUUUCUACAAGACUGGAAAUUAAUGGUUAGACUUUUAACAGGAGUUGCCAGAUAUACGGAAAUGAAUUACGUUUUUCAAAUUCUAAAAGAAAACGACCAAUUUGAAUAUUUACUUCGAAAAGGUUUCAGAAAGGACAAUACGCUCAAAGUAGCGCUCUUAGAAUAUCUCAAGAAAUAUUGCCCAGAUAAUAAAGAUCUUUACAAAAUUGUGGCGUUACAUUUUGCACUGUUUUCAGAGGUUGCACUAUUAUGGGAACGUGAAGCACAAAAUGUUAUAAAGAAUUUGAUAUCAGUUUCCAUAUUAGAAAUGCAAAAUAAUAGGGUAACUGUAGAGGAAGAACCUUUUAUUUUACUGCAAAACACAGAAAGUACAAAAAUCUGUUUGAAUAAAGCUAUGGAAAACUACAUUCACGCUACUGACUUUCAUUUACAAGGCGAAAGACUUACAAAAGCUGCGAAUUCCGCAAAACAAGCAGAGCUGAUAGCGUUACAGAUGUCCCUUUUAAACGAAGUGCCUCAAAAUACGUCAGUAAGGUGUUUAUUAAAUUUAAAAAAGCACCAAAUUGGUGACCUUAUUUCAACAAAACUCAAUUUUCAACAGUCGUUAAUUCUCGUCGAUGCCUACAACUUUCAUCCAGAUUGGGCUUUAGUCCUUUACGAACAGUAUGUUGUGAAGAAUAAUGUGAUUUUUUUGGAAGGUUUUUUACAACAUUUGCCACUGACGGACACAUUGGUUCACGAUAUUUCCAGAAAAUUUGUUCAUUCUAAUGUGAAUUCAGUGAACGAGGUUAAAUACAUGAAAAAUAUUUUAAAUAGACUAAACUCACUUCACAUGAAAUAUAGAAUUGCAAGUGAACUGGGUUUUACUGACCUAAUUGAAGAUUUGAUUGCAAGUGGUCAGUUGGUUUAUUUAAAAGAUACCGUCUGGAAGAAAGGAUAUAAAAAUUAACCUUUUAACCAUUUGAUGCCUGAAAGCGAUAAUGAAUUUUAUUUUUAUAAAGACAGAUAUUUUUCCCAUAAAAAUAUUUACGGUUCAUGUUAAAUAAGAAAGCAAUAGUUUUUAUAAAUCGCAAUAAGUUUAAGGAAAAUAUGUUUGUGACUGACUAUUUUAGAUAUAUGGUGAAAUGUGAUAUUUUUUGCUGUUCAUAUAUUUUUAGGAGGCUGUGAUAUAUGUUCCAGUAGAUAAUUCUGUUUAAAUAAUUUGAGUAAACCUACCUACGCUUGUAUUUUA